AUGGAGAAACAGUAUGGACUUGUUAAGGAACUCCACUCCCAUGGUGGGUUUGAGUGGGAUGAGAGAUAUAAGAUGAUUGUUGCAUCUGACUCUGAUUGGAAUGAAUACAUCAAGAGGUAUCCGGAUGCAAGGCAAUUGCGAGCCAGGUCUAUUGAAAAUUAUGAUGACUUGCGAAUAAUAGUUGGCAAUGAGGCACCAGAUGGACAUUGGUUUGAAGCUGGUGCCACACUUAGACUUGAAGGCAAUUCUACUUUCAACGAUGAAGAGCACAUUGAAACCCCGGUACAGAUGUUUGCUAAUGAAGAAAUGUCACAUGAAGAUACUAGUGAUGGCAUGCAAGGUUCAUCUCAGCAGACAAGGGCUGUUGAAGAGGAGGCGUUCAAGUGA